AAAAGUUUCAUCAAACAAGGUUGUAAUUGUCCCACAAAAAUCCACCUUCAUAGAGUUAGUGUCUUCAAUCUCCAUUUUCACAUUCACAAAUCAACACAACCAUGAUGAGAGGCACUGUUGGAGUGGUGGCAUGGCAUGGAACAACACUUAGAAAAACAUUGCAUUCUUUUUCUGCUCCAUCUUCUUCCGCUUUUCUUGGCCCCAACCUCCCUGAUGUUUGGGUUGCUAGAGACCACACAUCCCUUCCUAGCCAUUUCCCAGAAACUCUCCAAUGGGAAAAUGGCCACAAUGCUGUGAUUCUUGAUGGCAAAUCAAUUGCUAAACAGAUAAAGCUCAAAGUAGCUGAUGAGAUAAGAAGGAUGAAGAGUGGCAUUGGGAAGUUUCCUAGACUGGCUGUGGUUUUGGUGGGUGAUAGGAGGGACUCUCACACUUUUAUUCAAGUUAAGUUGAAGGCUUGUGAUCAAGUUGGCAUUGAAACAGUGGUUGUCCAGUUGCCAAAAAAGUGUACCGAAAGUGAACUGCUUGAUGUUGUUUCCAGUUAUAAUGAUAAAACUGAUGUACAUGGCAUUAUUCUGCAACUUCCUCUUCCUCAGCAUUUGGACGAGGAAAAAAUUAUCAAUGUUGUGAGUCCUGAAAAGGAUGUGGAUGGCUUUCAUCCCUCAAAUAUUGGAAAUCUUGUAAUAAGAGGAAGAAAACCAUUCUUUGUUCCUUGUGCCCCCAAAGGUUGCAUUGAGUUGUUACUUAAGCAUGGUGUGGAAAUCAAGGGGAAAAGAGCGGUGAUAAUUGGAAGAAGUAAAAUUGCGGGGUUACCCACUUCCUUUCUAUUGCAGAGGCACCAUGCAACGGUCAGCAUGUUACAUGCAUACACCAAGAACCCAGAACAAAUAACUUGUGAAGCAGAUAUUGUGGUAGCAGAUGUUGGAAUUCCCAACAUAGUUCGUGGCAAUUGGCUAAAGAAAGGAGUUGUGGUGAUUGACAUGGGAGCAAAUCAAGUUAAGGAUCCCAGUGGCCAUGGCUUUUGUGUCUCAGGAGAUGUUUGCUUUGAAGAGGCAGUUAAGGUGGCAUCAGCCAUUACCCCAGUUCCUGGGGGCAUGGGACCGGUUACAAUAUCAAUGCUCCUCUCCAACACCCUUGAUUCUGCUAAACGAGCAUUUGGAAUGAUUAGAAAUUUUGAAUAG